GGUUUUUUGGAGGGAAAUUAGGGUUGAGAGUGAAAAUGUAUUGAGUGUGCUCGAAUUGUUAAGGAUCCUGACUUCGUCGCUCCUCCCCCUGUAUGCAGAAGUUGAGAUGUCUUCAGACGAGGCUAGGAGUGUAGUGGGAAGUGAGGUAGUGCCCUUGGAGUAUGGUGGCAUGGAUUCGGAGACCAGUCCGUCUCCAACUAGCUCGGAGAGGACGGUGGGGGAUAGAAUGGAGCAAACAGUAAUAGAAGAGGAGGAGGAUGAAAUCCCCUCAAACAUUUUGGAGGCCGGGAAUGGCGUAGAUGGGUGUUAUGACCCAGAUUUAGAGGUAGUGGCCGAGGUGAGGGGAUAUGUGAGUGAGUUGGGUAGCAGGGAUAGUCUAAGGGCCCUUGUGGGUAAUUGCAACCUUCCUCAUCAUGUCCUACUUAGACCUGCCGGGGUGAAUGAGAGGGCCUGCUUAGCACCCCGCGAUCAUUGGAUGCCCAUAUACCUACAUUAUUUGAUUGCAGGGCUUAGGGGGGAGAGAGGGUGGUACCACUUCGGUCCUCAGUCGUCCAGCAAAGGGAAUAGGAAUUUAUUUUCUCCUGGGCCGUCAUCCAUCAAAGGGUGGAAAGAAAAUUUCUUCUUUGUGGAUGACCCCGAGUGGAGUAGGAGGGAUGCCGAAGUGGAACAGUUGUCUGCUUGGAAAGCGAAGAAAACCAAGCAGAACAACUAUAAAUUAAAUGAGGAUGAGGUGGAAGAGGUGGAGAAGCUGGUGAGAGAGGACGGAGACGUGGUGGACAUCCUACACCUCACCAGUGCGCAGGCAAUAGAGGCUGCUAAGCUCUAUGGGCCAAGCUCAUUGAGCGAAGCUGAAAUGGAGGAGUUUACCACUGCUGCUGGAGGCUUGCGCAUCCCUAAAAAGCCAAGGAAGAAGUCAAAGACUUCAACUGCGGCGGAGAAGGAGGUGACAUGGGGGGGGCGACUAUCCAGCGUCUCUGCCCCGGCUGUGGAGGUGCAGCCAAGGCCGGAGCUUGCCAUGGGGGGUAGUGAAGAGGUGAGUGAGGAGAUGGCACCUCUCCAGAGGAAGAAGAGGAGGGUGGCAGAGCUGGGAACUGAGGUGGUGGAGUUUGUGCCCCAGCCUUCUCCUCCAGAAGUCGCUCCUGAACACGGGGAGAGAGGAGAAGUCGAAGUGCGAGGCCUUGAUGGGGGCAGGGAGCGCACCCCCCCGCACAUAUACCAGAAAAGUCUGUUUGAGGCAACAAACAGGACUGGGGCAAAGCACUUCCUCAACGCUACCCUUCCUGAGGUGGAUAGGGUGCGGGCGAAGGACGAGGCGGUUAGCCAUGCAGGGUAUACCGUUGUGAGGCAUGCCCUGGAGAGUGCGAGCUGGACAAACGCUCUAGCGCAGGAGUAUGCAGAGAGCGUUAGAGAUCGUGCCAGCUUGCAAAGGCAGUGCGACCAGCUUCAGAGGGAGAAGGAUGAGCUGGUGAAGGAGAAGGUGGAGUGGGAGAAGCAGAAGAGGGAGAUGCAGAGGAGGCUGGAUGAAGUUCUCCCUUCAGUGACCGAGCUGCAGAACGAGAAUGAUGUCCUGAGCACAAAGCUCGGCCUCGAAGAGCGUAAAAGGAAGAUAUGCGAGGAGAAGCUCGAGGCGCAGGACAAAUAUAUGGACAAGAUGAGGAAAGCAGCUGCGGAACUGAAGAAGAACGUGAACACGCUGGUUCACAAUGGGAUGGAGGAGCAUAUUGGCAACUUCCUCAACUCCAGCAUCUUCAAGGACAUCCUCAAGCUCUACCGUCUACCAACCGCAAUCGUGGCCUUCACCGACUGUAGAAAGAAAGUGAAGGCCCAAUCAUGCUAAAGUGGGA